CUCCCCCCCCCCCCCCCCCCAGGAUGGUCCCCCCAGCCAGGGCACACACGCACAACACCACCAACACAAAACAGGCCCAGCUCUCGUCCGCGUACCAUGAACUCGCAAACGAACUCGGCACCGACAACAUCUCCGUCGUCGGCAACUACACCCUCGGCAGGGUCAUCGGCCAAGGCACCUAUGGCUCCGUCCAUCUCGCCACCCACAGGCUCACCGGCACCCGCGCAGCCGUCAAAAAAGUCCCCAAGUCAUUCACCCCCCAUCUCACCCGCGAGCUCCACCACCACCGCCGCCUCCACCACCCCCACAUUGUCCAUCUCCACGAGAUCAUCGCCACAGAGUCCCAUAUAUGGCUCGUCACGGAGCUCUGCAGCGGCGGCGAGCUGUUUGACUAUCUCGUGGAAAGGGGCCGCAUUCUGGAGGGCGAGGCGCGGCGGCUGUUUGGCGAACUGACGCUGGCCGUAGGCUGGCUGCAUAUGCAUGGCGUCGUCCAUCGCGAUCUCAAGCUGGAGAAUGUAUUGCUGGAUGGCGAGCUGAGGAUCAAGCUCGGCGACCUCGGGUUUGCGCGGGAAUGGCAAAAAGGGAGGCUGAUGGACACGUAUUGCGGCACGACCGGCUACGCAAGUCCUGAAAUGCUCGCAUGCCAGAAAUACCUCGGGGUGGAGACCGACAUUUGGUCUCUGGGCAUCAUUCUCUAUACCCUUUUAUGCGGAGGUCUCCCGUUUGACGACGACGACGAGCGGGUCAUGAAAGAGUUGAUCCAAAAAGGCGAGUACGAAGAGCCCGACUGGUUAAGCCAAGAGGCACGCGAUUUGAUCCGUGGUAUGCUGCAGCACGACCCAUCCAAACGGCUCUCCAUCCGCGAAAUCCUCACGCAUCCAUGGUUCAAAAUGACGAUUGUCGAUAAAGUGUAUCCCAACGGAGACGUGCCCUCCAUCCCGCCUUCGCCGAACCCUACGAGUCCUACCGCCGCAGGCGACGAUUUCUUUGCCGAGUCGGCUCUGAGACAGCAGCAGCAGCAGCAGUCGAGACUGACGCCGCACGUUGCCGGACGGUCCCCGCUUUCGACACACCUGCCGACGACCCCACGGCAGAAUUCCGGAUCGUCCGAGGCCGAAAACGGGGAUAGUCGUACAGAGCGGAAAGCGAGCAAUAUGCAGAGGCUGAACAGUGCCGAAUUCAGUACCACCGAGAAGGAGCUCGAACAGCUCCAUCUCUGCACAUCUCGUCCCGCCGCCACCGCCACUGGCUCCGGCGCCAUAUCCCCGCGAUCCAUCUCAAGCCCAUCGAUGCGCGGUAAAACCCUUCGCACGCUGCCCGAAGGCCAAGUCGACGUCGACGAGACACCUGCCGGCCUGCCGCCCCCGCUUUCGCUCAUCGACGAACACCCCCACCUCCCUGUCGCCCUCCAUUCCCGCACACCGUCCCGUACCAAACGCCGCUCCGUCUCUUCCACCCUCUCGCUCGAGCGCCGAUUAUCGCACCAUUCGUCGCAUAAUUCGUACAUCACCUUUCCCCCUGAAGACUACCUCUCCAAACUGGACCCAUCCCUCCUCCCCAACCCUGACUCCUCUUCUUCCUCCACCACGACCCCACCCGCGCGAUCAUUCACCACGCCGUCCGAAACCCGCCUCCUGCGCCAACUCGACGACCUGGGGCUCGACGUCGGUCAGCUGAAACACAGCGUCGAGACCGAUGCGUGCGACGCUUCAGCAGGCUUGUGGUGGCUGUUGAGGCAAAAGCAGGAAGAGAGGGGAGAGACGGACGAGGUGGUGAGGAGGAGGGAGAAGGAGGUGGUGAGGAGGGAGGAAAAGGUGGCAGAGUAUGCCAAGGAGGAGAGGCGGAAAGCGAGAGAGGCGGAGCGCGAGCGCGAGCGAAUCCCCACAAGUCCCAUGGGCAUCCUAGGCACCAGACCAGGCAAACGAGAUUCCAUCGAAAAAUCGUCCGAAGGACUGAGGUUCAAAGAGGAACAACCGCCGUCGAUACCGACCACACCGAGCUAUACCAGCGUGAUCGACCUCGGACCGCCCGUGUUGCCGGUGGACGUGGACGUGGACGUGGAACGCACGGCGGUUGGUCGUGAUGCGCCGAGAGAAGCGGCUGGAGAGGAGAUGAAGAGUUGGAAACGUGUGGAAUCGCCACAAAGUGUGGCAAUCUCUAGUCAAUCUUCUCUUGACCCGGCUCCCACUCUUCCUCCCCCUGCUGCUGCUGGUGGUGGUGGUGCGGCCGGAGCAAAGACGCAGAAGGAAGAUGGACGGGAUCAGGCAGGUCUUGACCCUGUCGCUGUUGCUACACCCAUGUCGAAUGCCAAUUCCUCCACUGGCGCUUCUACUGUCGCCAAACCUGAACCAAACGUCAACGCCAGCGCCAACGCCAACACCAGCGCCAACCCACGGUUAAAAGCGAAAUCGCCAUCGAUGAAUAUGCUCCAGCGUGCUACUUCUGUUCUUGGCGGAGUUGGCAAAAAGGGAGACGAUAAAGAUAAAGACAAGAAUGGGAUGAACGAAAAGCGGGAAGAAUCGACGAAUGAUAGUUUACAUCCCAAGCGGGGAGGAUCGAGUUCGCCCAACAAGUUGAAGAAACCGAUGCCGGCUGGGAUGAAGGGGCUGACGUCGACGCUUUCGAGGAGCGAGAGUGAGAGCGAGGGUCUGUUGGCCGGCGGGGGCGGAGGCGGGGGCGGGGGCGAUUCGCCAGCAGUGUCAGCGUCGGGAUCAAAGACUGUGACGCCCGGAUCGUCGCCCCGGCGGAAAGGGUUGACGCCGCAAGGUACGCCUCGAGGAGGGUUGCGGGAUGCAGGUGCCAAGGAUUCUUCGGGGGAGCGUGCGAGUGGCAACGGCAACGGCAACGCGGGUGGUGGGAAUGAAAAGGGCAAAGGAGGAAAGAAGGAUAGUCUGUGGACGACGUUUCGGCAUUUGUUUUACGAAGAUCGAAGACGCCGAAAACGAGAGAGUGUCACGCCUUCCGCUUCUUCGCCUUUGCUUUUACCACCCUCGGACAUCAAACUCCCCGCCGGGGCCGUCGUCCUCAGCCGCGGGGCAAACAGCCGUACAUCCCAAUUCAAACGCUCCAACGUCGGGUACGCGCCGUCCACAGGAUCGAGACGCACCUCGCUCGACGGUAACCGGCCCGUAUACUCUCGCCGGUCGAGUAGCGUGCACACGACUUCGAGGAGGAGUUCGGUGGGCAGUCUCCAUUUCCAGGAUCAUCAGGCGAUGAUUAGUGAUCUCAGUCGGCGGGCGAGUCAGCGGAGCCAUGGGAGCCAGACGCCGACGUCUGAUAGAGAGUACCUUGAUUACCCUUCAGCCGCAGCACCAAUCUCCCGCCCGGGCUCGUCGCAUUCGAUUCGAGGAGGAGUAGGCGGUGGCAGUCGACGUUCUUCGUUUUCCGUUCGAUCACCCUCACUUCAUCCCGAAACUUUCUCAGCAUCCGCAGGGGGACCGACAUCGACCAGGUUCAAGUCAUCGGUACCGCCGCCCGCAUCGCCCUUGCUGGGCUAUCGCCGUCGCCCAGCGGGGGGGAACGAUUCUUCCCGUGUACGGCAUAUCAAGGUCAUUCCCGAAUCACAAAUCAUGCGCUCAUCCUCUGUCGCUUCGUCUAUCCGGUCCAACGCUUCCAGCCGCGCUUCCUCCAUGGACAGGGAUAGAGACAGGGAUAGGGAGAGCGAGUAUGAAAGCGGGAGGGAUGAUGUCUCCUUGAGAUCGGGAAAGAGGCAGAAGAGGAGGAGUGGGAGCCAGAGAUCGUUGGCUCAGCAGAUCCACCGCACGCGCUCGCCCCUCGCGCUCAGCCUCGAAAACACGUAUGGGUCCAACUCGGUCGCCAACGUCGGCCUCGGCAUCGGCGGAGCAAGUCGAAUCCCGAAAAAGCCUUUGCGGGAUGUCUUUCAAAAGAAGGGUAAGCGCAAAGACGGCGGCGACGAUGACUGGGUGUCGGAGGAUGAAGAUGGGUUUGCCUGUGGGCUUGGCCAAGGAAGGGGCAUAGCAAAAAGUUUUUCAAAUGCGAAUGCGAAUGGGACGGUGUGGAUGAAUGUCAACGCGAAGACAAACCCCGCACGCAGUGCAGCAGCCUUCCCGACCUCCAAGAUGGUAGCCCAGCCCACAGCCCAGGGCGGAACCUCAAGGCGGCGUGAACGUGGUCGAAGAUCAAGUUUGGAAGAGGAAAGAGGGAGGCCACAGGAAGGAAAGGGGAAAGCGAAAGGGGAAACAGCAGCGCAGGGAUUGAUGGGGAUCGAGAGUUUGAGUGGGCGAAGUAGGAGGAAUUUGCCCGAUAGGUCGACAGCCCCGGGGAUUAUAGAAGAGGAAGAGGAAGAUGAAGAAUGAAUCAACUGUAGCAUAUAUAUGUACGUAGUAUUAGCUUUUUGUUUUCGGGUUUCAUCGAGUAGCAUAGUUUUAGCCAUUAAAAUGCAUUGUCCUUUG